GGGUGGAGUCGGUCGGAAUGAGUGGUGGUGGGAUAGAGGCUCCUGUGGGUUGUGAGGCCGCCCCGAGCGGCGGCGGCGGCAGGAAGACCCCAGCGGGUUCAGCGCACCUCGUUAUCAAGGAUCUUGGAGAAAUUCAUUCAAGGCUUUUGGAUCACAGACCAGUUAUUCAAGGUGAAACUCGUUAUUUUGUAAAAGAAUUUGAAUGCAAGCAGCUAAUGACUCAGUCUGUAGACUCCAGCAGAGGGAACAGGAGCGAAAAAAGAUUCAUAAUGACCAUUUAAUUGCUAGUGAGAAACAGCAUAUACUCCAGUGGGAAGAUUUCAUGAAAGAACAACCCAACAAACGGGCUGAAGUGGAUGAAGAGCACAGAAA